AUGUAAUAAUAAAAUUAUUAAAAAUCAGCCUUAAUAAUAGUUGAUAUUUAAAAUGAUUUUUGCGAAGGAGGAUCUCUAUAAGUGAGAAACUCUUAAAAAGUAAUAUAAUAAAUCAAUAAAUUACGUUUAAAAAAUCAUUUUUAUGAUUAUGUUUUUAUCACAAAAGACUUUCAUCCUUAAAACCAUAUAAGUUUUGCCUCAAAUCAUCCUGGAAAAUCUCCAUUUACUAUCAUAUAAUUAUAAAAUGGGAAAUACUAAGAACUUUGGCCUGAUCAUUGUGUGUAAAAUACUAAAGGAAGUGAACUACAUUAGGAUCUUAAAGUAGAAGAAAACGAUAUUAUUAUUAAUAAAGGUAUGCAUAGUAAUAUUGAUUCAUAUAGUGGAUUCGGUUCUGAGGGUGAUCGCACUAUAUUAUUAGAAAAAUUAUAAUAGUUCGGCAUAAAUAAAAUUUAUAUAUGUGGAUUAGCAUUUGAUUUUUGUGUAGGACAAACAGUUAUUGAUGCCGCAAAAAACGGGUUUGAGGUUUUUGUAUUAAAAGAUGCCACAGAGAUUAUUUCAGAAUAUCGAGAAAAAUAAAUUAAUGAGGAAUUUGCUAAAUUUUAAAAUAUUUAAAUUAUAUAAUGCGAUAAAUUAUGA